AUGCCGAUCAUCUUCAAUUGCAUUGAGUGGUUGGAGAAGAACAUUCUUCGGAUCGUGGAAAAUCCUGGUCCUCUGGUGAAAACUAGCGUCAAAAGAGAGCGCAAGGCAGCCGAAAGCACUUCGUCUUUGAAGACCACCAAGAGACAGCGCGCAAAGGCAUCUAGAGACCUGGAUCGUCUUUCCUUUGACUACGCAACCAGAAUUCAAUUAUGCGAGUAUAAAGAGAUGGUCAGACAGCGGUCCAAGCUGCCUGCAUGGCAUAAAAAAGAGCAGCUUGUUUCUGUCAUCAAUAGCAACCGUGCCUGCCUCAUCACAGGUGAAACUGGUUCAGGUAAAUCCACGCAAAUUGUGCAAUUUAUCCUGGACCAGCUCAAUAGCCAAAACGACUUUUCCACCAACAUAAUCUGCACUCAGCCGAGAAGAAUUUCAACCAUUGGGCUCGCAGAUAGGGUAUCCGAGGAACGUGUCAGCACAUGUGGCAGCGAGGUCGGAUACAUAAUCAGAGGAGAAAAUAAAACAUGCAAAGAUACUCGAAUCACAUUUGUCACAACGGGAGUUCUCUUGAGAAUGAUCCAAGGAAUUGUUAGCAACAAGGACGCAAGCAAUACGAUCUUCGAAAACCUGGGCUACAUCUUUGUUGACGAGGUGCACGAGCGUUCUGUCGACGGAGACUUUCUUCUGAUCAUCCUGAAGAAAAUCCUCAAAAUGUAUCCAAAACUCAAGGUGGUGCUCAUGUCUGCCACCAUUGACAUAUCGGUAUUUGACAAGUACUUUGGGUCUGGAGUUUCUCACGUCCACAUUGAAGGCAGGACGUUUCCUAUUCAGGAUUAUUAUCUGGACGAUAUCCUUGAUGAUUUGCAGUUUACAGUGACAAUGAGGAACGGAGACCAAAUUCAGCCAAAGGCGGACUCUAAAUAUUUUGAGCUGGGGAAUAUUAAUUACGACCUGAUUGCCGCCUUGGUGGAGAAAGUUGACGCCGAUUUGCGUGCGCAGUCAAACAGCGGGUCUAUACUGAUAUUCUUGCCAGGAGUGAUGGAAAUUAGCAAAUGUUUGGCAAAAAUAAACGGUCCUUUCUGGACUCUGCCUUUGCACUCUGCCUUGAGCUCCAAAGACCAGAAACGGAUUUUCAGAUCCCCUCCUCAAGGAAAAAGAAAGGUGGUGGCCUCCACAAACGUCGCAGAGACGUCGAUCACGAUUCCUGAUGCUGUGGUGGUGAUUGACACGGGAAGAGUGAAAAGUAUCCAUUUUGACUCGGCUUCCAAUUCGACGAAACUAGUCGAAUCCUGGGCUUCGCAAGCAGAAUGUGGACAAAGACGAGGAAGAGCAGGACGUAUCCAGAAUGGGCUCUGCUACAAGCUCUUCACCAAGGAAACAGAGACGAAGACUAUGCGCAAAUACCCUAUUCCUGAAAUCAAGCGCACAAGACUGGAGAAUUUGUACCUGGUGGUCAAGUCCAUGGGCAUCAAAAAUGUGCACGAAUUUUUGAAAAUGGGUCUGGACCCGCCAGACGUGGAAAAUGUCGAGAGCUCGAAACAGUUGCUGACAGAAAUGGGGGCGUUGCACAACGAUAACUUGACAAAGUUGGGAUCAUAUUUAUCAACAUUGCCAACAGACCUCAAGUCUGGAAAAUUGCUUCUCUUCGGCGUUCUGUUCAAGUGUCUGGAUAGUUGUCUCACUCUUGCGGCCAUUGGAGUCACAGGAAACCCGUUCAUGGUAAGAAUGGAGAACAGCGACGAGGUGAAAAAAGUCCAGAACAAGUUCUCUAAGGGCUAUGGAGACUUCAUUGCCAUUCUGAACGCUUUCAACGAGUACCAGAAUCUGGAGCCGAAAAUUCAACGCCGCUGGCUGGAAGAGAACUAUCUGUCAUAUUUGACGAUGAACGAGAUUCAGUCGACGAGAACGCAGUACAUUUCUGCUUUACAAGAUCUUGGCUUCAUCCCAAUGGACUAUCCUAAAUCCCAGUCCUCGUCGAUUCUUAACAAAAACUCGGGUAACUAUCAGAUACUCUGCUCAUUGGUAUGCUCCUCGUCCUACCCUCAAAUUGCCAGAGUGCAAUAUCCGGAUCCCAAAUACAUGGCAAGUGUUGCUGGAUCGAUUUCUAUAGACCCCGACGCAAAGAGCAUCAAAUUCUGGAUCAGGAACGAAAAAUAUAUCAAGAACCAUGACGACCAGCUUCCUGCUACCAGAGCAUUUUUGCACCCCUCGUCAACGCUGUUUAAUGUCAAAACCCCAGCUGGAUCGGGUGGAGAACCGCUUGUGGAGGAUGAGAACGGUAAUGUUAUCUUCACACCUACAAAGUCCAAUAACUUGACGUCCCAUUUUCUCACGUACGGAGCAUCGCACACCACAACCAAGCUGUAUAUCAGAGAUGUGACUCCUGUUUCCAUUCUAGCCGUUCUGCUAUUUGGUGGCUCUAUAUCGUACGAUCUGAGUACCGUCUCGUCCGGCAAGCCUUCUCCAGGUAUCGUGAUGGGACAAUGGCUGCCUAUAAGAACAUGGUGCAAAAAUGCUGUCUUAAUCACGAAAUUGAGACACCUGCUUGACGAGGCCCUAAAUGAACGGUUCCGGCAACCGCAUUAUGACCAAAUUAAUGAGUUCAGCGACGAGGUGCUGAGAACUGUGGAAAAAAUCAUCACAAUGGAACUGAAAUGA